CAAUAGGCAAUGCUUUUGCUGUUCUGAGCAACCCGGAGAAACGGCUACGAUACGACGAGUUUGGGAGUGACCACGAGCACGUCAGCACUGGCCAGGCCAGGCACUACGAUUACUACACAGAAUUUGAAGCUGACAUUACACCAGAAGAAAUAUUCAAUGUGUUUUUUGGUGGGCACUUUCCUACAGGAAAUAUCCACAUGUUCUCAAAUGUAUCCAGAGAUGCACACUAUUAUCCACGGAGGCACCGAAAUGAGCGAGUGUGGACACAGGAGCAGGAGGAAGAAGAGAACAGACCACAGAAUUCAUAUUCUGCAUUUAUUCAGCUGAUGCCCGUUUUCAUAAUAAUAAUAGUGUCAGUUAUAACUCAGCUGAUGGCCACAAACCCACCCUACAGCCUGUUCUACAAAUCCUCCAUAGGCCAUGUUAUUAGUAGAGAAACGGAGAACUUGCAGGUGCCUUACUAUGUUGAUAAAAACUUUGAGAGGAAUUAUCAAGGAGCAGAACUCCAAGAGCUAGAGAAAACCGUUGAAAAAGAUUACAUAGACUAUAUUCAGACCAGCUGCUGGAAGGAGAAACAGCAAAAGUCUGAUUUGUCCAAUUUGGCCAAGCUAUACCGAGACGAGCGGUUAAAACAGAAAGCGGAAUCCCUGAAACUUGAGCACUGUGAGAAGCUCUCCAGUCUGAUUGGAAUGCACAAAGGAGGCUGACGAGGACACACACGUCCUGUAGUAUUUAUUUAUUGCUGUUUUAACUUAUGUUUUUAUUUUCCUUUGUAUAAAAAGGGAAGGAGUCUAUUGUAAAGAGUCAGAAUAUUCGAGUCCUUCUGCAUGUAGUGCAGAGAAGGGGCCAACACGAGCUGUAGAGCUGGUGUCUGCUGUAAUAUAGACUGUACACACUGUACUGGGUUCCAGGGACCAGUGGCACUUUGUAAAUGAAUCCCCUGGGGAACGCCGUUAGCUCGGCAGCCGUCUCCAUCGGUAGCCUGUCUGCCACCCA